CUGCUGAUCCCGUUAAUUUGCCUCCCUCACCACCUCCCCCCUCCGGCGCUAGCCCCGCGUGUUGCCCCCUCUUCGGUGCAGUCUCCUUCCCAUGCAGCCGAGCCGGAGCUGGAUGUCCCGGACACUUGCUGCUGCCGCUGCUGCGCCUCUGGCACCGAGCAGAGGACGUUGAGGAGCAGGAGAAUCCGCGGGAGGCACAUGGCUCGAUGACAUGAUGUUCCUGCCCUUUUCCCCUCCCCCCUCCACCUCUUUCUUCCCCAUUUUCCUUCUACUCCUCCUCUUCCUCCCUCCAUCCCUCGUCUCCUCUUCCCUUUUCCACACCCCGCUGAGCUGGACUUCGCCGCACAACCCCUGCUACCACCUGGACGGCCGUCCGCGUCACUGCCUGUCAGAGUUCAUCAACGCCGCCUACGGGGUCCCAGUCAACGCCAGUCACUCACUCCAAGGGUCAGACUAUGACAGCAAUGUCACCACCUUGACGGACCUCCACAACCCUCAUAACCUCACCUGCUGGUUGGCUCACAGAGGCACUGACAUCGGGGAAUGGGAGCUCACCGUUCCACUGGGCCGUCGCUUUGAGAUCACCUAUAUAAGCCUGCAGUUCUGCCACCAGGGGGAACCAUCGGAUCCCAUCUCCAUCUCCAUCCUCAAGUCGAUGGACUUCGGGCGCACCUGGAGGCCGAUGCAGCACUACUCCAGCAACUGCCUCGGGAACUUUGGGCUGCCCUCCCAGACGGUGGCCCAGACCAGGCAUCAGGAGACGGAGCCCCUCUGCUCAGACCCUCGCCCCCUACAGAAGCAGAGGGGUGGCAUGGUGCUGGCCUUCUCCACCUUGGACGGGCGACCAUCCUCUCCCGAUUUCGACCACAGCCAUGCCCUCCAGGAUUGGGUGACGGCCACAGACAUACGCGUUGUCUUCCAUCAGGUGUCCAAAGUCGCCAAGACGGGCGGCUCGGACAGAGCGGACGAAUCAAGAUGGCGCGACAGUCGAGAGGAUCACAGAGAAACUGGGAUACUUAGGUCGAGAUCGGGCCACAAGGGCCGAUCUGAAGAUCAGGUCAACAAGCUGAACACAGAUAGUGCACUGGGAUUUUUUGACAGGGAGACAAAACACUCGAGGAGCAAAGGAGACAAAGGGGACAAGCACGGAAGGAAGGGUCCCGGUAAAGGGUCGGGUCAGGAUGAAGAUGGCCACAAUGUGACCAGCAAGGAAGGGGUGGACAUUUUUGGCAUAGACAUGCUCACGUCUUCCAAGAAAGGCGCAAAAGGUAGAGGUCGCGGCCACAAGAAAGAGAACGACCACUGGCUGCCUUGCCCCAAUGGCGGCUGUAAUUGGACAGUGGAGGGGCGGAGCAGGGGCAAUAAAGGGCGGGAACUGAGGAAGAGGAGGAACAAUAACCUCAACACGAGACAAGGUGCAAGGAGUAUGCAGGCGGCCAUGCCCUCUGUUUUUAACAUUCCCGCCCACGCUCCCCUGGCCCUGUCCGACCUGCAGGUUGGAGGUAGGUGCAAAUGUAACGGACACGCGUCCCGGUGCCGUCGGGACGACAAAGGACGAGCGGUAUGCGUAUGCGAGCAUCACACAGCCGGGCCAGACUGUGACGUGUGUGAGGACUUCCACUUUGACAGGCCGUGGCAUCGAGCUACACCCACGCACCCAAACCCCUGUGUUGCCUGUGAGUGUAAUGAUCACUCAAACAAGUGCCGCUUCAGCAUGGAGGUGUUCCAGCAGUCGGGCCGGCGCAGCGGAGGGGUGUGUCAGAAGUGUCGGCACCACACGGCCGGACGCCACUGCCAGUACUGCCAGAAUGGAUACACCCGCGACCACAGCAAGCCUCUGGACCACCGCAAGGCCUGCCAACCGUGUCAUUGCCAUCCCUUGGGAGCAGUGGGCCGCUGGUGCAACCAGACCUCAGGUCAGUGUCUGUGUCGAGAAGGGGUGACCGGCCUCAGGUGCAACCGCUGCGCCCCGGGCUACAAACAAGGGAAGUCCCCUCUACGGCCCUGCAUACGAAUUCAGGAGGUGGCUCCGACCCCGGUGUUCCAGCCUCAGUACAGCAUCGCGGAGGAGUGCGUUUCAUACUGCCAGCCGUCUCAGGUUAAAGUCCGGAUGAACUUAGAGACCUAUUGUCUCAAGGACUACGUGCUGAAGGUGCAGGUGAGAGGGAUGGAGCGUUCAGGUCCCUGGUGGCAGUUCUCCAUCUCCGUCCAGACCGUCUACCGAACGGGCUCCAACUCCCGCGUCCGCAGGGGCCCCCACUCCCUGUGGGUCCCCGACCGGGACCUGGGCUGCGGCUGCCCCGCCCUCCACGUGGGUCGGACUUACCUCCUGAUCGGUGCGGAGGAGGGGGAGCGAGGCUGGGGCCCGGAGGAGAGUCGCCUGGUGGCGGACCGCUCCACCCUGGCCCUCCAGUGGCGGGAACACUGGAGCCCCAAACUCAGGGGCUUCCGGGGGCACGACAAGAGGGGACGCUGCCCCGAGAAGUCCCCCGACAGCCCACGCAGGGAGCAGGCGAACGCACAGGCCGGGUACAUCCCCCCCCAUCUGCUGACGGAGAAAGACACGGACAAUGUGAACACACACUCUGUCAAAGAAGACGAGACUCGGACCUCAGCAGAGCCGCACACACACACUCCCACAGAGGUUGAGCCCACAGAGACGACCUCGGCCCCCUCCACUCCGGCCCUGGUCUGCUCCACGAUACUUCCUGAGUGACGGAGGACUCGACCUAUGACCUUCACCUUUCUGGACGUUUUUCAAAACGAGAAUUAGAGGAGAAAAAGCUUUUUCUACCUUUUUUUUACAUGUUCUUCUGAAAGUUUCAGUUAAAACAGGAAAUGAUAUAUAAAAGCAAUUGUUCAAAAUCGUAUCUAAAAAGUGAAGAGACAUCUGUUGUGUUUUGGUUUCGGUCGAUAAAGGUCAAAUUCCCGAUGGUGCAGCACAAAGCCGUGAAAGGAUUUUAAAACUUUCUACAACAGGAAUGUAAAAAUUAAAGUGGGACUAUAUUCUGAAAGAAAGGCAGAUCAGUAUUUUCCAUAUGAUAAAGAUUGUUUGAAUUAUAUUUAAUUUUAAGAUUAUAAAUUACACAAAACACAAGACACACAUAAGGGUAAAUAUUCUACCUCACAUUUUCUACACACAGAUGUAACCAAAGCUUAUUCAUACAGGUGAUUUUUUUCUUUUUUUUAAAUAAAGAUGAGAAGUGAAAUCAUG